AUGCUCCGGUCACCAUGCCGGCCGCCCAUGCGCACCGUGGACGGGAACUGCUCAUUACUGGUCCGGGCAUCUACCAUGCCGUCAGAGCCAAGCCACUUCAGCGGUGGGACGUGCAUGCCACCGCUCGCCCCCACCGCGCCCUAUCGGGACAAUCCCAACGUCUCCGACGAGCUGCAACUGCCAGCCGAAGAUCCCAUGUUCGAAGCUCCCAGCCAUCAUGCCGGGGAGUCAUUGUUGGGCGGACGAAAGAAGAAGCCAGUGGGGUCCUGGAGUCAAUGGGCCCAGUCCAUGCGAAAUCUCACAGGCUCCACUGGCCGUCGUCUUGGCGAUGGCGUUCCGCGGAGCGU